CUCCCCAGGGUGUGUCAGGAUGUGCACCCCACUGCUGGUGAUGCUGGUGACACUGGUGAUGGUGCCUGCAGGGGUCUCUCCCUAUGGCUUCCGCAACUGCAUCCAGGCGCCAUGGGACCCUGGGCUGUUCCGCUGCAUCCAGCGCUUCCUGAGCACUGUGGAGGCUGCAGUGGGAGACCUCCCUUCCACUGCCACAUCCCUCAACCUCUCUGUCAAUACCUUGCGUCAGGUGCCCCCCGAUGCCUUUGCCCACCUUCCGCAGCUCUGCACCCUUGAUCUGACGCACAACAAGCUGGAACUUCUGUCCCCGGGGGCUUUCAGGGGCCUGUCAGCACUGGCCCACCUAGACCUGGCCCACAACAAUGUGUCAGUGCUGGCCACAGAUGUGUUCACCGGGCUGGGCAACCUGAGCACACUGCGGUUGGACCACAACCCACUGCAGAAGGUGGCCCCCAGGGCUUUCUGGCCACUGACUGCACUCAGCAUGCUCUGGCUUCGGGGUGGCCGGCUCAGUGCACUGGAGCCCGUGGCCAUGGCCGUGGGGCAUCUGACACACCUGGACCUGCUCGACCUGUGUGGCAACAUGCUGUCAACACUGGGCCCAGGGCUGCCGCCCAUGCUGAGAGUCCUGCACCUCUGCAACAACUCCCUGGGAGCUCUUUCAGGGGCCUCCCCUGGGGUGAUGCCCCCAGGGCUGCGUGUGCUCGACCUGUCCUACAACAACAUCUCCGACCCUGCGCCGCUCGCCUGGCUGCACCUGCACAACUUGACACACCUACACCUGGCUGGGAACCCGCUGGACGUGGUGCAGCUGCUGCGCACAGCUGGAGUCUCCCCGCACCAGGUGGAUGUGUCAGGGCUGCAGGUGGGCACAGGGGACUUGGACUACCUGUGCCAGCAGCUGACAGGACCAUGGCUGCAGAGGUUGCGGCUGCAGCACAUGGGGCUCACAGCAAUGCCCGACAGAAUUCUGGCCAAGUGUCCGCUGCUGGGUGCUCUGGACGUGUCUGGCAACCGGCUGCGGCAAUUGGGCUGUGUAGGGCGGCUGCUGAACGAAGCGCAACAUGCAGUCCUGGGCGAGCUGGUGGCUGAGCACAACUUGCUGGAGCGGCUGCCAUCAUUCCCCAGAAGCCCAGUUCUGCACAAGCUGCAGAAUGUGUCCCUGCGCUUCAACCGCAUCCUAGUGGCUGGUGCGGGUGCCUUUGACAACGCACCAGCGCUGCGGCAGCUGCGGCUGGAUGUGAACGGGCUGGCACGGCUGGACCGUGAAGCGCUGCGUGGACUCCACCACCUGCGGCACCUGCGCCUUGACAACAACCUGCUCACCGACCUUCUGCCUGGCUCCUUUGCUGACCUGGACCAGCUGGAAAUUCUCAACCUGCGCAACAACCGUGUGGCCGUGCUCUUCCCUGGUGCCUUCAAGGGGCUCGACAGCCUGCAGACCCUUGACCUAGGCGGGAACAACCUGCGGCACUUGGCAGCCAUGGCAUUCCAGGGCCUCCCACGGCUUUGCCGGCUUUACCUGGACCGCAACCGGCUGCUGGAGGUGAGUGCAGCUGCAUUCCAGCCAGUGCAGGCGACACUGGGCGUGCUGGACCUGCGUGCCAAUGCACUGCGCUAUCUGAGCCGACACCUGCGGCAGCUGCCACCUUUCCGCUACCUGCAUAACCUCUAUGACCUGAAGCUUCAGGCACAGCAGCCGUAUGGGAUGCGUGUGGUCCCACAACGCUUCUUCCAGGGCCUCAGUGCCUUGCGCUCACUCUACCUGUCACAGAACUCGCUCUCGGCCAUCCCUGCUGAUGCCUUUGAUGACCUGGCACAGCUGCGGUACCUGACGCUGGCUGACAGCAGCGGCGGGAUGGGCCACCUGCCCGCCGGCAUCUUCAAGAACCUGAGCCAGCUGCGCAGCCUGAACCUGGAGAGCGCAGGACUGCGCAGCCUUGGCCCUGAGGUCUUUGGCAACCUGACACGACUGAAGGAGCUGCGCCUGGCCAAAAACGAGCUGCGUGCACUGGAUGUGACUCUGGGCACGCGCCUCCCCACCCUGCGCUACCUGGACCUGCGCAAGUGCCCGCUGAGUUGCAGCUGUGCCAAUGCCUGGCUGCCUGCCUGGCUGGUGCGUGGGCCCGUGCAGGUGGUCUACCUGUAUAACUACACCUGUGGUGAGAUGGGUGGGGCCUCUGCAUACCUGCACUCCUUUGACACGCGUGUGUGCUACCUGGACAUGGGGCGGUACCUGUUUGCAGGAACGGCACCAGCUGUGCUGCUGCUGCUGCUGCUGCCACUGCUGCACCACCGUGGGUACUGGCGGCUGCGCUACCAGCUGUUCCUGCUGCGUGCAUGGGUGCGUGGGCACUGGCGGCAGGAGCAGCGGCGCUACACCUACGACACCUUUGUGUCCUACAACUCUGGGGAUGAGCAGUGGGUGCUGGAGGAGCUGGUGCCUGAGCUGGAGCGCGCAGCCCUGCGGCUCUGCCUGCACCACCGUGACUUUCGCCCCGGCCGCGCCAUAGUGGACAACAUCGUGGACGCUGUGUACAACAGCCGGCACACGGUGUGUGUGGUGAGCCGCGGGUACCUGCGCAGCGAGUGGUGCUCACUAGAGAUCCAGAUGGCCAGCUAUCGCCUCUUUGAUGAGCUGCGCGAUGUCCUUGUCCUCAUCUUCCUCGAGGACAUCCCUGAUGCCGAGCUCUCGGCCUUCCACCGCAUGCGCCGUGUGCUGCUGCGGCGCACACACCUGCGCUGGCCCCCUGAGCCCCCUGCACAGCCCCUCUUCUGGGCAAAGCUCAGGUGUGCCCUGAGGGGGGGGGAGGAGGAGGAGGAG